GGAGUCCGCGGGUAGAGGAUGGGAGUUUAAGGCCCGGGAUUGCUGGAGGGCAGGCGGCCAAGGUCUAGGGGCGGCACGGUGUCGACUUGCAACCCAGCUGAGAGGAGAGGCGCCACCUGGGAGGCGCUGAGAGUAUGAGGCUCUGGCCUUCACUGGCCACUCACUCGUGACCCUUCCACCACGGCGGGGCCUUCCAAGCCGACCUCCUGCCGUGUGGUGAUCUACCUGCAGCGGGAGAUGUCAGGGGAUACCUGCCUGUGCCCAGCGUCAGGGGCCAAGCCCAAGCUAAGCAGCUUCAAGGGAGGAGGCUUGGGCAACAAAUACGUCCAGCUCAAUGUGGGUGGUUCCCUGUACUACACCACCGUGCGGGCGCUAACCCGGCAUGACACCAUGCUCAAGGCCAUGUUCAGUGGGCGCAUGGAGGUGCUGACCGACAAAGAAGGCUGGAUCCUCAUAGACCGAUGUGGAAAGCACUUUGGCACCAUUUUGAAUUACCUCCGAGAUGACACCAUCAUCCUCCCUCAAAACCGGCAAGAAAUCAAGGAACUGAUGGCUGAAGCAAAAUAUUACCUCAUUCAGGGGCUGGUGAACAUGUGCCAGACUGCCCUGCAGGACAAGAAGGACUCCUACCAGCCUGUGUGCAACGUCCCCGUCAUCACGUCCCUGAAGGAAGAGGAGAGGCUCAUCGAAUCCUCCACCAAGCCCGUGGUGAAGCUGCUAUACAACAGAAGCAACAACAAGUAUUCCUACACCAGCAACUCCGAUGACCACCUGCUGAAAAACAUCGAGCUGUUCGACAAGCUCUCCCUGCGCUUCAACGGCCGUGUGCUCUUCAUCAAGGAUGUCAUCGGCGACGAGAUCUGCUGCUGGUCCUUCUACGGGCAGGGUCGGAAGCUGGCAGAGGUGUGCUGCACGUCCAUCGUGUACGCCACCGAGAAGAAGCAGACCAAGGUGGAAUUCCCAGAGGCCCGAAUCUAUGAGGAGACACUCAACGUUCUACUCUACGAGACCCCCCGAGUCCCUGACAACUCCCUAUUGGAGGCCACAAGCCGGAACCGCAGCCAGGCGUCCCCCAGUGAAGACGAGGAAACCUUUGAACUGCGGGACCGUGUCCGCCGCAUCCACGUCAAGCGCUAUAGCACUUAUGAUGACCGGCAGCUCGGCCACCAGUCUGCCCAUCGCGACUGACAAGACCCUCCCGGAGUCAGGGCACGAGAUACCCUGUCUCCUCUCUUGUGGAACCCCACCCCAUUGGCCACCCCACGCUACUGCUGGCUUGGGUCUCUGCUCCAGCACUCAGAGGCAUGACAGGCCCUGCCUGGGAGGUCAGAGGGCCUGAGCAGGGGAGGGACUGCGUUUCUUUUCCUAGCUCCCUGAGCACUUCAGGAUGACUGAGUCCCAGCCCCUUUGCUCAGCAUUUCCCUUUCUGCCACAGGGAGCCGCUGCUGCCCCAGGGCUGAAUGGACUGACCUGCCCACCCCCCUGCCAAGAGCAUUCCCCUUGGCCCUUCGCUGAGCACCCCUUUGCUCUGCUGAAGGGCUACUUUAGGCCUCACAGGAGGCCCAUGGGGAAUGGGUUCACUCUGUGGGGAAGGUGGCUUCUGGUGCUGUGGAGGCCCAAUUUCUUACCGAAGGUGGGGCUUCUUUUUUCCUAAGGUGUUUAAGCACAGGCUUAAUGAGUUUGGUUUUUAAAAAAUAAUCUAGGAAAUGACUAGUUUUAAGUCUAAUAAUGAGGAGACUGGGUAUUUCUGCUCCAGGGUUCCAAGACCCUGAGUAAAACAGAACCCUUGGCCCUUUUGAUGCCUUUGGGAUCUGUUUCUGUAAAGCACUUUGUACUUUUAUUCAGAUUUUUAUUCUGCCCUGACCCAUGUCAUCCUUCUCUGAUUCUAAACCCCUUUUCCCUGUAGAAUCAAUCUGAGGGAGGGGAAAGAAGCAAUAAAAAAAAAAAACUGACCGUCUUUGGCUUUGCCAAACUGGCCAAGCAGCUGGCCCAGAGAGCACUGAGGGGGUAAGGAUGUGUGAGAUAGGACCUAUGGUCCUAAUAGCACCCCUGUAAGAAAGGAUACUUUGCCCCUACAUCUUAGGGUCACGUAUUGACUUCUAGAGUCUUACAUGAUUGAUGUCUUUG